AUGAACAAAGUCUGGCCAUACUCCAAUCCAACAGAGACGUACGAGUACUAUGACUUCCCAUUCUGCAAGCCCAAGACCGUUAUGCCUCACUUUAUGACCCUUGGUCAGGUCCUGCGAGGUGAUAGAUUAGUGAAUUCACUGUAUCCAAUGCAUAUGAAGCGACAGGUCCCAAGGACCGUGAUUUGCCAAAGGCCCAUGAGCGAAAUGGACAUCCUGAAAUUCAAGUCAGCCAUAGAUCAGAACUACAUGUUUGAGCUCUUCGUUGGGGAGCUUCCCAUUGACAGACCCUUCGGGGUGAAGUCUUCGAUGGGAGUUGAAGACGCAGAAGCUCCAGAAAGAUACUUCCUGGUGAACUACUUGGAUUUUAUCAUUGGCUACAAUGAGAGAGAGGUGGUGUCUGCAAAUGUGACCCGAGAGCUGAAUCCGGAGCACCUUGUGGACAUCACUGAAUGGAAGGAAAACAUGGUGGUCCAAUUCUCCUAUUCCGUUCAUUGGACGCCACUGCCACACAUUCCUCCAUCUCAAGCGCUGGAGCUGCAGCUGAAGUCCACAAUGCCACACGGGCAUUCAAACAUGGACAUUCACUGGCUUGCGAUCAUCAACUCAUUCGUGCUGAUGUUGCUCAUUCUGUCACUUUUCCUCCUGAUCAUCAUCAGAGUGGUCCGAUCAGAUUUGUCAAGAUAUUUGCAGAUUCCCGAUGAGGAGCUGAAUGCAGUAGAAGAAGAGACAGGUUGGAAGCUUCUGCAUGCCGAUGUGUUCCGUGCUCCAAAGCAUCGGCUGUUCUUCUGUUCUGCAGUCGGAGCUGGUGCCCAACUUACCAGUAUGAUGUUCAUGGUGGUCCUGGUGGGCUGCAUCGGGACUUACUACCAACGUGGAGCAGUAGCCUCCGCUGCAGUCAUCUCCUAUAUGGUGACAGCUUUGUUGGGCGGAUUCGUCAGUGCCAACCUGUACCAGAAGCUCGGGGGAGAGAAAUGGGCAUGGAACAUCUUCAUCACGGCGCUGUGCUUUAUGGGUCCCGCCUUUUUGAUUUGGUCUUUUCUCAACACCGUGGCCAUUUUCUAUGGGUCAACGGCAGCAUUUCCCUUUCCCACCAUAUUGCUGAUGUUUGCGAUGUGGGCUUGCGUGACCUUCCCGCUCACUGUACUGGGCGGCAUCAUUGGACGACACCGGUCCAUCAAGCAGGCUCAGGCAGAAGGAAGCCCUUUCCCAUGCAAGACCAACAAGCUUGCAAGGGAGAUCCCAGCUUGCCGUUGGUACCAAAGCCCCAUCACGCAGAUGUUUGCAUCGGGCUUUCUGCCCUUCAGUGCGAUUUACAUAGAGCUACACUACAUCUUCAACUCGGUCUGGGGUCCGCGGAUAUACUUUCUUUACGGUAUUCUCCUCUUGGCAUUUACAAUGCUGUUGCUAGUGGCAGGAACAGUCACCGUGCUGUUCACAUACUUCCACCUGAAUGCAGAGGACCACCGGUGGUGGUGGAGAGCUUUCUGCUCGGGAGUUGCAGUAUCGGUAUUUUUCUACCUGUAUUGCAUUUACUUCUUCCUUCAGACAGGGAUGACAGGUUUCCUGCAGUGCUCUUUCUUCUUUCUUUACUCUUUACUAGCUGCUCAUGGCAUUGCGCUGACGUUGGGCUGCGUCUCCUUCUACUGCACGUACUUCUUUGUCAUCUACAUCUAUUCGCGAAUCAAGGCGGCCGCUACCAGAGCUUUGAUUUCUCAGCAAAUUUGUGUUUUGCAUGGUGCUUGCAGAGAAGACCCGCGAACUUGCCCUCAUCAGGCAUCGACCUCUUCCACAACAGUGGUGAUGGCUGUUGAGAGGUUGACUCACAACGUGCUUCGCUGCGUUGUUGAUGCGCUGAAAUCUGCUCAACUCAGCCAGGCAAAGGCUGCACCUGCCGCUGUGCUGCUUUUUGAGCCGUGCCAUAGCUUGAUCCAGGAGCAUGGAGCCUUCGCCGCAGCCACAGACCGACGGCGGCGUCUAAGCUUCACCGCACCGCAUUGGCGCCGCCUGGCGCGGCUUUGGGCUGCGCUAGAUGCAGUGCACCGUUUGAACAAGGCCGAGCGCACCUGCACACAACGAGAGCUCUUUUAUCGGGCGAUCUCCGACUGCCGGGAGCUUUUUGGCAGCCAGUCAGUGAUGGAUAGGGCGCUGCGAGAUGCUGUCGGCGCCCUCCAAGUUGGUCGCCCGCAUUUGGGGAUUCUCACAGCGGAGAAGGGGCUGCUUGCAGGAGACAUUGCCUUCAAGGAUCCAAGCGCUUUUGCAUCUCUUGCUGCACAGGGUUCAAGCGGAACUUCGAUCAGUGAGUCUAUGCUCAAGGAUGACAAUAACAUUCAAAUUGGCGAGAAGGCCAAAGUGGUGCUGGUCGUUGAAAAAGACACCAUCUUCCAACACCUGUUGCACAGCCGUCUCCUGGCAGCGUUGCCAAUGAUCUUGGUUACAGGCCGUGGUUACCCUGACCUUCUCACACGGCGCUUCCUGCAGAAGUUGCAUCGGAUUGCUCCGCAUUUGCUCCAGCUUUAUCUCGGAGACUUUGAUCCUGAUGGAGUUGCCAUCUACCUUCUUUACCGGACCAGCUGUGAGCAGCUUCGAUGGUUGGGCUUGCAUUCUGAUGAUGUGAAGAAGUUGCCAGUAGAGGCAGGUGUUUCAUUGUCCAAGAGAGACCACACUUUGCAAGCUUCGUUGCUGAGAAGAGAAGAGGUUCGAAGGAAUCCUUUGCUCACUGAUGAAAUCCGGUCCAUGACACGCAAGUUUGAGCUAGAGGCACUUCAUGCUGCUUAUGCAGAUGAAGGCAUGGCACUUAAGUUCAUUCCGGACAAGAUCAAAGCAUCGUCAUGGAUAUAG